CCCCCUCAAAACGUUCUGCCGCUGAUCCGUUCGCGACUCGUCUGACAUCUGGCCAUCGUCGCUCUUCUUAAACCCCCUGUGCCCCUUCCUUGGUUCGUUUGACUGGUAGUUUUUGCUUUCCUCAAAUAUUGAGCUUAAUCGGACCUUUCCACUCUUAUACAAGGACCUCUGCUGCUCCCCCUCACCAAUUGCAUCAUAUCGCUCAGUCGGCUGCGUAUUUUACAAAACAAACAUUCUUCCCGACAGUCUUCGCAGUCUUCGCAUCACUAUUAUCGGAGCGUAUACUAUUGUAUCUCGCGGCCUCUUUAACCGCCUCUUACUUGAAGUUGAUUCCGGCCAUCUCCAUCUCACCACCAUGCCGAUCCGAAACCCCUUCACUCGCCGCCCCGGCGCUGUCGUCCCGGCCGAUGACGGUGUCUACGCCGACAGAGAGCACAACUACCCCGGAUUUGAGCGAGUCGACAUCGUGGGCUCCAAGGCGUCGUCGGUCUUGAGCGUCCGCAGCGCCAGAAGUCAGGAUACCGGCGAGUAUAAGAUGAGCGUCGUCAAUGAUAGCGGCGUAUAUCUCCCUCCCUCACCAUCGGAGGAGAAGAGCCAGUGGCCGCGCAGACACCUCUCGUCGCGCGAGUCAUCAGAUAGCUCAGGCGAGAUUGAGCACUUUUCUAUUUCGCGAGAGUCCUUUGACUCGUACCGGCGAUCAUUUGAUAUCUCGGCACGAUCUCCCAUCGCCGCAUACGAUAUUCCUGCCCGCCAAAGCCUCGAUUCGGCUCGAUUCUCUCGAAUGCCCAGAUCGGCUAUCAACCGCAACUCGGUGCAACUGCCCACCGCCGAUGAAGGGUUUGAGGAUGUCGGGCUCGAGGACCAGAAGCAGCCGCCUCGCAAGCGCGGAUUCUUUUCCAAGUUGACAGAGACCCAGGAGAAAGACUCGUCUCCAGCACCGUCAGGAGUCUCCAGGUUCCUCAUUCCUGGUCGAAAGAGGGCUCAGAGCGGUCAAGGAUCCGAGCUAAGCCCCAUGGAACAUACGCCUGUGUCAACGAAAGAUUGAGGGACGUCUGCGGCGGAGGAAAGCAGUUGCAAACAAGUCGACAACUCGAAAUAAUUUACUAUACACGGAAGUUUAUCAAGCAUCAACGAUUUUUCUGGACUAUGGAUAUUUUCUUUUUUCUUUUCUCUUUUGCGAUCAAGGCGUUUGGCGUGGGCUGUUGGCAGUAAUACAUUGCUUGCUGCCAUAUACCUUGCGAGGUGCAAAUGCACCUGUUGGCUUUGCAAUCAAAACACGAAAUUUAAGCUUGGCAGGAAUCAAAGAUUAUGACGGCGAGGGAACAUGAAUGGAGGGAAAACAAGACGACUUAAUGAUUAAUAAUAACUUGUGUCGGCGAUUACAUAUUGGAUCGCUAAUACAGCACAUAUUUAUGUUUUGCCCA